ACGACUACAGCGGAGUGGCGGUACCGCUGCCCAAUGGGCUAUAGAAAACAGUGUUAGGGCGUUUCGGGACGUGACUGAGAGGCACCAACCAGGAAGCUGGGAGGGCGGAGCGUGAGGCCGGAGGGCAGAGGCGUUCCCCAGCAGUGUCACAAUCUAACCCGCGGAGCCAGGGACCCUGCUGCCACCUGUGUCUCUCCGCUGCCGCCAACAGGAGGGGGCUGCGCGAGAAUGAGCUUUGAAGGGGCUCAGGCUAGCUCGGGCUGCGGGAGGGGAGCAGGACUAGAGCCCUGAAACUGCGGCGCGCUCUUUCCGGACUCGCUGUGCUGAAUGGCGGGAGCGCGGAACGCCGAGAGCCGGGUCUCCUAGCGGCCGGGGAGCUGCUGUAGCUGGUGAUACGAAAGGGGAGAAUGGGCCGCGUAGGGGCUGCGAGGGGCCGUUGAGGACCGUUGCGGAUCCACUGCCUUCGGGCCUCGGGACGGCCCCAGCCCCCACCUCCCGCCGAGCCAGGGAUGAGUUAGCCCUGGGGACUACGCGGGGCUUGGCUGCUGCUACGGGCGGGGACGACGGCGGUCCUGCGCGCCUGCCGAAGCCGAGGCUCCGCGCAGGCGGACGCCCCUAGCUAGCCCGCUUCCUCCUCCCCGCUCCGCAGCCCCGGAGACCAUGAGGUUCCGCAUCUACAAGCGGAAGGUUCUGAUUCUGACGCUGGUGGUGGCCGCAUGCGGCUUCGUCUUCUGGAACAGCAACGGGCGGCAACGGAAGAAUGAGGCCUUCGCCGGCUCGGCGCCCGCCCCGGUGCGGGUUGCAGGCCCUGGCGACCUCCGCAGGUUUCCCAAUGGCUCAGCUGCCCCGCCGCCCGAGGUGGACAACAUGACGCUGGUGUAUCGGUCGCUAGUGUAUCAGGUGAACUUUGACCAGACGCUGAGGAACGCGGCGGCAGCAGCCGCAGGAGCCGGUGGCGAAAGGGCCGGCGGCGGCGGAGGAGGUGGAGCCGGUGGCGGAGGACCCUCGCAGCUGGAGCUCGUCCUGGUGGUCCAGGUGCACAACCGGCCCGACUACCUCAAGCUGCUGCUGGACUCGCUUCGUAAGGUCCAGGGCAUCGGUAACCUCUUAGUCAUCUUUAGCCACGAUUUUUGGUCGGCCGAGAUCAAUCAGCUGAUCGCUGGGGUGGAUUUCUGCCCCGUGCUGCAGGUCUUCUUUCCCUUCAGCAUCCAGCUGUACCCCAACGAGUUUCCUGGCAACGACCCCAAAGAUUGUCCCCGAGACUUGCAGAAGAAAGCAGCUUUGAAAAUGGGCUGCAUUAACGCGGAAUAUCCAGAUUCCUUCGGCCAUUACCGAGAGGCCAAGUUUUCCCAGACCAAGCACCACUGGUGGUGGAAGCUACAUUUCGUCUGGGAGAGGAUCAAGAUUCUCCGGAACUAUGCUGGUCUUAUGGUUUUUCUGGAGGAGGAUCACUACCUAGCUCCAGACUUUUUUCACGUGCUCAAAAAAAUGUGGAAAUUGAAACUGCAGGAGUGCCCCGACUGUGAUGUCCUCUCCCUGGGGUCCUAUGCUGUCAGUCGCAGUUUCUUUGGCAAAGCAGACAAGGUAGAAGUGAAAACUUGGAAAUCCACAGAGCACAAUAUGGGCCUAGUGUUGACUCGAGAUACUUAUCAGAAACUGAUUGAGUGCACAGACACUUUCUGUACUUAUGAUGAUUAUAAUUGGGACUGGACACUUCAGUAUUUGACUACAACUUGUCUUAAAAAUUUCUGGAAAGUCAUGGUUCCUGAAGUUCCUAGGAUUUAUCAUGCUGGAGACUGUGGUAUGCACCACAAGGAUCCCUGUAGACCAUCCACCCAGAGUGCCCAAAUCGAAUUGCUCUUAAACAAAAACAAACAGUAUCUGUUUCCUAAGACUUUAAGUAUCAGUAAAAAGUACUCUAUGGUUCCUCUCCUCCCACAUGGGAAAAAUGGGGGGUGGGGAGAUAUUAGGGACCACGAGCUCUGUAAAAGUUAUAGAAGACUGCAGUGAAAACUGCACAAAUAAAAAUGACAAUUUUUAAAUUUGGAUCUUACUGGUCUAAAGGACAAAAAAAUGUAUAAAAUGAUUUAGGAACUGGUUUCUGCUUUAAUACAAAUAAACAUUCUUGUCAAAAG